AUGUGGACGCGGCGGUGCCUCCUCUGUACUCGAAUCAUCGUUUCUUUCUUCGUCUUUUUCUUCGUCAUUUUCGUAGUUCGCGCGGAGGAACUCGAAGCAAUCGCAAACGGAGAAGAAGAAAAGGAAACAUUGUUGAAUAAAAAAAGAAAUUUUCCGGAGGAUGUCUCUGGGACGUUUAAAGGCGCGUGGCACGCUUCAUCGACGAAGUCGUUCCUCACGCCUUUGCGUGAAAUUCCCAAUAAGAGAUACUUCGCCAGCGGUUCGAAGGGAAUUUUACAGGUGCAGAUGCGACAACAGAAGAAGGACUCAAAAAACAACUGUUUCUGGGUAGAAGGAGACUUGUUAGUGCGAACGACUUCGGCUCCUACCAUGCACGUGAAUUUCGCCGGAGUGUACCUUAACGCCACGGGAAUAAUUCACGCUCAUGGACAGAGUAGAAAUCUAGAGCAUGUAUCUCUUGAUAAUUCAAACGAACAGAGUUUUUAUCAUUCAGAUUUUAGAGAGGCGCUCAGAACUUCGGCUUCAGACUUAGCAUGGGAAACGGCACGGAGGAAGGACGCAAAUGCGACACGAAGCGAAGAUAAAGAAGCUAGUAACGAUACAGAAACAAUUUAUGACGUAAUGCGUCGUCGACAACGAAUAAACUCGUUAUUUUCGGGACCGUUAAACACCACGGCAUAUCCUUCUGCAUGUGAGUUUGCUCUUAAGUUGUUCAUCGAACCAGGAAAAUAUUCGCUUCUUGAAAAUAUUGAAGACAAUAUUGAAGUGAGAUCGAAAGUAACCGACGAUGAGAUGAGAGAAAACGAGUACACACCUCGUAGAACUGCCUUGCCUGAUGCAUCUUUCGAUGCGGUUAUCACGGGGACUUUAGUUUCUGAAAACUGUGGCUUUGAUUUUGUCCUCAAUGCAACAACUUUUAAGAUGCAAGAAUAUUACGCAAAAGCAAUCAACUAUGGAUACAUUGCAAUAGCAACUGUUCUAUUUCAGUUGUAUGCCCUGGCGAAACAAGUUGAAUAUGUGGGUAAUACGCAAAGUUCGCUGUCAAAGCUCUCCAUACUAUCGCUUGGAUUUCAGGCAAUAUUAGAUGCGUACCUCUGUCUCGGUCACCUGAUCUAUGGAAUGGUGGUCGAAGAAAUAUUCUUACCUUUUGCCUGCAUAGCUUUUCUAGAAUUUAUGAUGUUUUCCGUAUUUGAGAUGCGAUUACUGUUGCACGUGUGGAAAAUACGAAACGCUUCAAAUAAUAGUAGUUCGUGGAUUGACUUGCGAAGAGAGCUCUCCACUUUAUAUGGGAAAUUCUACGCCGGUUUCUUUGGCGGGGCAUUCUUGAUUUACGUUAUGCAAAACUUUCAGACAUUUUGCGUUUUAUUGUUGUCCUCAUAUUGGCUCCCGCAAAUUCUGUGGAAUUUAUACUCAAAUUCGAGGAAACCCUUCAUACCGAUGUAUGUAGGAGUAAUCAGUAUAACUCGAAUUUUUGUUCCGUUAUACUUUUAUGGAUGUCCGAAAAAUUUUGCUCGAAACGAGCCGAAUUAUGUCUUGUGCGCAUCUGUCUCUUUGUAUGUGUUCGUGCAAGCGUUCAUUUUAUUUGCUCAACAUUAUUUUCAUCCGCGUAUUGUUACAUUCAAAUUAACUAAAUGGCUACCGGAAGUGCACAAUUAUCAUAAGAGUUACGUGAAAUUUGGAGAUUGUUCUAUUUGUCUUAGUAAUCUUAAAAGUGAGAGUGAGAGUAUGUCUCCAAACGAAAUGCAAAUGCAUGCGCCCUGCGGUCACGUUUUUCACGCGCAUUGCCUUAGUAGAUGGAUGGAUGUGAAAUUAGAAUGCCCAACUUGCCGUGCGAAGUUGCCACCAGUGUAA